AUGGUUGUUGAAGCUGUCCUUCCCCCACUGCCUUACGCGUACGAUGCGCUGGAGCCCUUCAUCUCCAAGGACAUCAUGGUUGUGCACCACGACAAGCACCACCAAACCUACGUGAACAACCUCAACGCCGCCGAGAAGGCCUACGCUGAGGCGACCGCUGCUGGCGAUGUGCGCAAGCAGAUCGAGAUACAGAGCGCGCUGAAAUUUAAUGGCGGUGGCCACCUGAACCACAGCCUCUUCUGGAAGAACCUUGCUCCCCAGAACGAGGGUGGCGGGCAGUUUAAAGACGGCCCUCUGAAGCAGGCGGUCGAGCGCGACUUUGGCAAUGUCGAGAAGUUCAAGAAUGCUUUUAACUCGACAGCUGCUGCUAUCCAGGGCUCUGGCUGGUGCUGGCUUGGCCUUGGUACGAACGGUCGCCUCGAUCUUGUUACUGCCAAGGACCAGGACCCGCUCACUACGCACCACCCCAUCAUUGGCUGGGACGGCUGGGAGCACGCAUGGUAUCUUCAGUACAAGAACGACAAAGCCUCCUAUCUCAAGAACUGGUGGAACGUUGUGAACUGGGUCGAGGCCGAGAACCGCUACAACGAGGGUGUGAAAAAGGCCUCUUUGUAG